AGAACGAAACAAAAGAGAGUAUUGGAUCAAUUUCAUUGCGAUGCCGAUAAUAUCAAGUGUAAGUGGCUUUUAUUUGAAUUAAAACUAGUCGAUCGAAGUCAAAAGAGAACAAGAAACAAUUGGAAUAUGCGAUCAACGACGGUGAUCACAAUAUGUUUGGUUUUUCUAAGCCCGGUCAUUGGUGGUCUUUCAUCGUUUUUUAAAAAGAACAAAGAACUGUUCACAGAUCAACAUCGUGCAAACGUUGAAUCGGCGAUCGAUAGAGAAUUGAGCAUGUCUUUUGGUUACGCAAGGGAUAUCAACAAAAAUCAACAAUUCAUUGACUAUGUGCUGGAAAAGUAUGCAAAAAGUUUAGGUGUUAGAAGGGGCGAAUUGGAAAGAUUGGAACGCGUGGCCAACGAAAAGCUAAUGAUACUGAAAGAAGUUGAAUAUGAAAUGGGCGUUAAAUUAUCAAAUAAGUAUCUUGGUCUGUAUGACAUAUUCGAUAUAUUACGGGAUAUAAAAAAUUCCGAUUUAUUUAAUUUGAUAAAAUUGAUGCCAAAAUUUGGAUACUUGCAUUGCCAUCAAACGGCAAUGGGCACCAUUGAUUACUUGAUGCACAUGCCGACUCGCGUUUUUUGUGGCCAACACUAUGACAUGGUCUAUUUGAAACAUCACAAAAGCAACGAAUUGGACAUUAGGGGUUUCAAGGUGUCACGAUCCGAACCAAAUGCACCGGAUGAUCCAUUGAAAUAUACACGACUUAAAGAUGUCGUCUAUCGUUUAGGCGACCAUAAUAUGGAUGUUGGAGAACAAAAAUUCUUACAGAUCUUUCGACCGUUGUUAACACUCAACAAAUUAGUCAAUGCAAUGUCAAAGCCUCGAUUUACCAAAGUUAAACCAGCAUGGGAUGCAUUUGCGAAUAUUUUUGAUGUGAUUGGUGGACUUUUGAAUUAUGUGCCAUUUCUUGAGAAACAUCUUGAAUUUGGCCUCGAAGAAAUGCUCGCCGAUAAUAUUCAAUACGUUGAAAUAAAAGUAACACUGGGAACGGCAUACGAUUUGGAUAAUUCACGAUUGUUGCCGACUCAAACGUUUCAAAUUUACAAAAGAGUUUGUGAAAAUUUUCGCCUAAAUCCACGAAAUCGGGCGAAAGGAUGGAUAGGUGCUAAAUUGAUAUACUCACCAUAUAAGCAUCUGGACAAUGUAAAUAUGCUAAAAGAAGAUAUUUUUUUAACCUAUAAGCAAUUACUGGAAUUGGACGCAAGAGAACGAGCCGUCGAUUGGCGUCGAAAUGAUUCUGGAUUUUUAAUCGGCAUCGACUUGACUGGACACGAAGAAAGUACAUCGAUGUCGGAUUUUUAUCUAUCGUACAAUAAAAGCUUGAAUUCAAAUACCAAUUUUUUUUACCAUGCCACCGAAACGAAUUUCUACGGAACCGUCGACGAUAACUUAUAUGAUGCCAUUCACAUGCCGGUCAAGCGCAUCGGAAAUGGAUAUUCAAUAGUGAAGCAUCCGUAUUUAAUGGAAUUGGCGAAAAAACGUGAUAUUUGCUUUGAGGCAUGCUCAAUUUCGAAUGAUGUUUUGAAGUUAACCUAUGACUUCCGAUCACAUCCGAUCGGUGUCCUAUUGGCGAAUAAUGUUCCACUCGUACUUUCAUCAGACGAUCCCUCUUAUUGGGAAGCAUUUCCACUGACUCAUGAUUUUUAUAUUACAUUCGUGUUCAUUUCAUCGUAUCGGCAUGAUAUGAGAAUAUUGAAAAAAUUAACCACCAAUUCGAUUCGAUACAGCGGUUUAAGUAAAAGAGAAAAAGAAUUGGCACUGAAAUCAUGGUUCCCCAAAUAUGUUUAUUGGUUACAUCAAAUCAAUGACAUAGAUGUAUCGCAACAACAGAUACAACUUGAACGCAUAAAACGCGAUAAAAAAGAUUACUUUUUGCAAAAUGAAAAGGAGCAUCCAAAUUUAACGCCUUUUAUAUUAUCGACAACACACUUCCAAGAGCCAAAUAAACAAUUCUCCGAAAGUCAAAUGAUGAAGAAAAAAGAGGCCGAUAGUCAAGGUGGACAAGCUAAUGGUUUUAAUAAUGGUGAACAUAACACCAAUAUAACCAACAUACCACCAAAUACUGCAAACACAGACAAUCGAAACAUAUGGACAUCAGGAGUGUAAUUUUGUUUCAAAAUCAUCAACUGAGUGAGAGAAUAAACAUGAAGCUAUGAAUAGAGAAAAAAAUAUUGCAUUCAUUUAUUCAUAUUACUUUUCGCCAUCAAGAUCCAUCUCUGGCUUUAUCAUCUUUGAAUAUCCUCUGCUGUGAACUUGUUUUCAAACAAUAAACUAAGAAUGACUGCAUAAAACUCACUAUUUCGUGGCACAGGUAGUGUUCGUAGGCAAUAAAAAUUACAUUUUUGUUCGUUCGUU